AUGGUUCUCAUUGCUCAUGGUGUGAGUGCUGCGAAUGGCGUGUGUGCAGCGGAUGGUGUGAGUGCUGCGGAUGGUGUGAUUGCUGCGGAUGGUGUGAGUGCUGCGAAUGGUGUGAGUGCUGCGGAUGGUGUGAGUGCUGCGAAUGGUGUGAUUGCUGCGAAUGGUGUGAGUGCUGCGGAUGGUGCGAGUGCUGCGGAUGGUGUGUGUGUGCUGUAA